GUAUAAUACAUAGAUUAAAGCAGUGGAAAAUUCUAAAGCGGCAAUAUGCUACAUGUAACAACGGAGAUAGGGAAACCUGGCAAACGCGAGAGGGAACGGAGGCAUUUUCCACACAUAAAUAACAAUGCCAGUACACCAUCUUAUCGAGCCAGAGGACGUAGAUAUAUACCACAUGGAUAUGGAUUUUAUGGUGAAUGGACACCUCAUCCUCAGAAUAUACAAAUCCAAUAUUCAGAAAAUGGACCAGACUGGAAAUCCAAACUGAAAUACAUUCCUGAUCCAGAACACCCUGAAUACCCGGCCGCAGAAAUAUUUCCAAAUAACUGGAAGGCUAUGAGACCAUAUCCAUUUACAUACAAACGCACAAAUAAGGAAUGGCUCCUUGAUCCUGGGCUGACUAAGGUUGGUCUGAGAUGCAGUUUUGAAGGUGUCCAUAAAGCUACGGAUGUUUCUUCCGAUGAAAUCACGCAUAAAAUGCUGUUUGGAAGAGGAAGAAAUGAGACAAUCAUAGAUAAAAGGAAUGGAAUACCUUAUGCAUCAGAAGGAGACAAAACUUACCAGGCAGUAGAGUACUCACCAGGAUUCCACAGGACAGGAUCCACUCGUCCAUUACCAGAAUUCGGUGCUAACUUCAAACGUGCUACUGCGGAUACAUUUAUUCCACUACAAAAGUUGCCGGUUAUACACAGGGACAAUUAUCGUCAAAAUGAAAGGAGACUUCAACGAGACGAAGAUAUCUCUACCGUCAAAGGACUGGACUCUUGGAAACCAGCGACUCCACUGCAUAUGACGCUACCUCAAGAGGAUAAAAAGUAGAAACGAUAAAUUUUACUCCAUGGUAUCUGAAUUGCAGUAGUUACGCACUGCGUUCCUAUUGGUCCUUUAAUGUUCCAAUUCUGUCAUUUCCAAGCGAAUAUGCAAGGGCUACAUAUAGAAAUACUAUGA